AUGCAUGCACUAGAAGAGAAGGAACGAUCCCACAGAGAAAAACAGAUGAAAAAAGACUAUAAAAAAGAACUCGACAGUCAGAUGGCUGCUAAGCGCGCCACUUUGGUCGACAGAGCGCGGGUGCACGAGGGAGACAGACUAGCCAUGGUGGGUGACUAA